CCUGGACAAAGCAGUAGUAAUAACGGGGGAGCCAAUAAUAACAAUACGAAUAGCACUAAAGCAAAUAACAGUGGAAAUUGUACUUCUGGCACUAUAGGCCAGAACUCGAAUAACAAUGCUGGAAAUAGCACUAGCGGUAUUGGAUUAGUUGGAGGAGGAACAUCUGUAGCAGCUGCCAAAAACCAAUUAGAACAAUUGAAUACAAUGCGUGAAGCGCUUUUUUCUCAGGAUGGCUGGGGCUGCCAGCACGUUAAUCAGGAUACAAAUUGGGAAGUACCCAGCUCGCCAGAGCCAACCAAUAAGGAUCCAACGGGUGGGCCUACUAUGUGGAAGCCCACUAUAAAUAAUGGUACUGAUUUGUGGGAGUUAAAUUUACGCAAUGGCGGUCAACCGCCAACUCAAGCAGUCCAGAAAACUCCAUGGGGUCAUACACCAUCAUCUAAUUUAGGUGGGACAUGGGGUGAAGACGAUGACGGGCCUGAGAAUAGCAGCGUUUGGACUGGUUCAUCGAAUAAUGCUACAGCUGCUAGUGCUGUUGGAGUAGCUGGAGCUAGCUCGUCAGCUGUGGGCACUAAUGGCUCCGGAAAUGGAGCACAAUGGAGUCAAACUGCUGCUGGUGUUGGGAUUGGGUCAAAUGCUAACGCUUCAGGAGCGUCAUCCGUAAACAUUGGUAAUGUAUCUACCGUAGGAGGUGCUGCUGGAGGGCCUGUGCCAGGAGGUGUGAAUACAGCUCCAGCUACUGGUUCCGCUGGUAACAAUUGGGGAGAUUCACGUGAGAUGAAUAGUGGGGUUGUGAGUGGAGCAGUAGCUAUGCGCGGAGUUGAUCCCCGUGAUGCAAUGCGUAGUACAUCAGGUGCUGAACAGCGAGAUAUUCGUAUGAUGGAUCCAAGAGACCCAAUACGAGGUGAUCCUCGUGGAAUAUCGGGGCGUUUAAAUGGAACGUCAGAAAUGUGGGGACAACAUCAUUCCAUUCCACAUAAUCAGAUACCAGCCUUGAAUAAAAUAGUUGGACCUGGAGUUGGAGUAAGCGCCGGAGUAUCCUCUGGUACUGUAGUUACUGGAGGAAGUAUAGCUGGCCUCGGCCCUGGCGGUAUGAAUUCUAUUAAUCCUAGCGGUGUGAGUACCAACGUAAAUGCUCAUUGGGUGACUUCCUCAUCAACUGCGGUUGUUGGUCCCAAAGAUAUUAACUCACUGGCAGGUAAAGUAACCGGGUGGGAAGAACCCUCGCCUCCACCACAGCGACGUAAUAUUCCCAACUAUGAUGAUGGGACAUCUUUAUGGGGACAACAGACCCGGGUCCCCUCCGGGAGUGGCUCUCACUGGAAAGAUAUUCCAGAUCCAAUGAAUAGACAUUUAACGCGAAGCACUGUGACUAAUCAGAAUUCCACAAACGUAGUUAGUGGCCUUGGCAGUAGCUCUGGAAACGGUUUAGGUAUUAAUCAGGGCGUGCUAAAUGUGCCAGUAGUCGGUAGCAAUGGGAAUAAUUCUAUGAGUGGCGUUGGUGCUCAAGGGCGGCUUGGUUCGACGGUUGGACCGGGCGGCGUGGGUGUCAAUCAGCAUAAACCUGAUAGUACUAUGUGGGUACACGGAAGCAAUCCAAAUGCUAAUGUUCGCAAUACUGCUUCUUGGGGUGAUGAAGCAAAUCAUAAUGUAGUCCCCAAUACAAGCGUUAAUUGGAUGGAUGAUAAAACUAAUGGAAGUAUUGGGCAAUUAGGUGUCAAUGUCGGUGGAACUACUGCUUGGAAUGAUCCACCUUCCUCAUGGAAUAAAACUCAAAAUAAAAUAUCUGGUGGAGGAACCGGUUGGGGUGCAAGCGGUGGCAAUGACAAUAGUGAUUUGUCUUCAGAUUGGAAUAAUCAUGGUGGUAUUGUGUCCAAAACUCAGCCUAAAUUGUGUGGUGUUAAUAUUGGUAACUUGAACACAGAUGUGAUUAAACAAAGUAAACAGUAUCGUGUACUCAUUGAAAAUGGCUUUAAAAAAGAUGAUGCAGAGCGAGCUCUUUUGAAUGCUAAUAUGAACAUUGAAGAGGCAGCAGACUUACUUCGUGCUCCAAUAUCCAUGGAAUGGAGACGACAUGAAGAAACGCUAGGUUCCUAUGGUGAACAUACAAAUCCUGGAGGAAGUUUCACAGGGAGGUACCCCCCAACAGCCUCUCAGCCUAAUAUGCCAUUCCCCCCGAAUAUAUUAAACAAUAUUAGCGGUAAUAACGUUGGUGCUGGCGGUACUAACUCAAACUUAGCAGCAAUUAACUCAAUACAACCACUUCCUGUGCAAAAAUAUCUUAAUCCAGCGCCACAUGGCGUUGCAAGUGGGCCACAGGCUAUGAAUACCGCCGUGACAUUUGGUCCGGGAGUCGCUAAUGUCUCUGCAGCAGUAAAUGCAUCAGCUAAUACGAAUAGUCAACCAUCUGCUCAACAGCUUCGAGUCCUUGUACAGCAAAUUCAGCUAGCUGUUCAUAGCGGAUACCUAUCUAGCCAAAUUUUAUCAGAGCCUUUACCAUCUUCAAUGCUUGUACUUUUGUAUCAGCUAUUAACGAAUAUUAAACACCUCCAGGCGGCUCAACAAUCUUUAACUCGUGGUGGUAAUAAUGCUAAUAACACUCAGAUAAAUUAUGCUAUUGCCAAAUAUAAACAACAAAUUCAGAAUUUACAAAAUCAAAUAAACGCGCAUCAAGCGUUCAUUGUUAAACAAAAGCAGCAGCAGUCCAUGCCACAAAAUGCACAACAGCAUCCUGCGGCACAUGUCAAUAACUCCAGUUUGGAGUAUAUAAGAUCGCAUGAUGCCAUAAGUGCUUUACAGGGUAAUUUUUCAGAAAUUAACUUGGCUAAGUCUGGUGGCUAUCCAGGAGGUCCAAAUUCGCAGUCAAAACUUAUUAAUCAGUGGAAGCUUCCCGAAAAAGAUAUAACGUCUGAUAGCACAGAUUUUUCAAGAGCUCCUGGAGCUUCCAAGCAAAAUUUGUCAAGUGCUGCUGGUAGUACCAUGGGACCCUUAGGUCUACAAAAUGAUGGUACUUGGUCGACUGGGCGAAGUAUUGGCGAUGGUUGGCCAGAUUCAUCCGCUGAAACUGAGAAUAAAGACUGGUCCGUUGCACAACCUGCAACUGCAGCGACAUACACUGAUUUGGUUCAAGAAUUUGAACCAGGCAAACCAUGGAAGGGCUCACAGAUUAAAAGUAUAGAAGACGAUCCUAGUAUAACUCCUGGCAGCGUGGCUAGAUCUCCACUGUCUAUAAAUUCUACGCCAAAAGAAGCUGAUAUUUUUGCGAAUCCCAGCAAAAGUUCACCGACUGAUUUAACACCGCUAAGUUUAUCUUCAUCAACAUGGAGCUUCAAUCCAUCAUCAAGUAAUCAAAAUUUUCAAAGUUGGUCCGAUAGUCCGCAACAAUGCGCCCCGUCGGAACUGUGGUCAACAUCACUAAACAAAACAUCGCGGGGUCCUCCACCAGGCUUGGGCUCAAACAAAGCUCAAGGAGUAUCCGUAACUUGUGUAUCUUCGGUAACGAACUCCUCUUCCGUGGUAGCUGGAAGCUCUAACGGAUGGAUUGUUAGUACUGGUGGUCGAGGGGUAUCCAAUAGCAAUAUAGCUUGGAAUUCAUCGAACUCGGGAUGGAGCUCAACAUGGUUACUACUCAAAAAUUUAACGGCGCAGAUUGAUGGCUCAACUUUACGUACCUUAUGUAUGCAGCAUGGCCCACUUGCUAAUUUCCAUUUAUAUCUUAAUCAAGGAAUUGCCUUAUGUAAAUAUGCGACACGAGAGGAAGCAAACAAAGCCCAAAUGUCACUAAAUAACUGUGACCUCGGUAGCACUACUAUUUGUGCAGAGUCACCAAGUGAAAAUGAAGUUCAAAAUAUUUUACAGCAUUUGCCUCAGACAUCUAAUACUAUAUCUGGAUCUGUUUUAUCAGGGAAUGGAGGCAACGUUCCAAACAAUGGUGGAAGUGUAUCUGGAGCAAAUAACUCUGGGAGUGGUAAUAGUAGUGGCCCUUGUAAUAAUGUUGGUGGAGGUGUAACUGGGGGCAAUGGCAACGGUAGCAUAGCUAAUCACUCAGUGGUAAGUGUUUCUGGUACUAAUAAUGGCUGCGGAGGCAACACAAUAAGUGGUGGUAGCACUGGAGGUAAUGGCAAUAGUCAAAGUCAACCUGGUUCUAGUGCUUGUAGUUCCAACGGUAGCAAAAGUGGAAAUAGUACCAUGGCGGGGGGAAAUGGAGGUCCUAAUGCUUCAUCAAAUUGUGUUAGUAGUGCCAACCCCGUUGCUCCCGGAUGGCGCCAAACACAAAAUCAACAGAAUCAACAAAGACCACCGGGCAGGGAUGAAUAUGAUUAUAUUUCCCAAUUUGUUUGCUCUAUUGUGGAUGACUAAAUUCCGUGUGAGAGACAUACGUUCAAAAUCUAUAUAUAACACUAAUCAAGAAAAAAAGUUGUAAAUUUUAACUACUCGACAAAAACCAAGUUGCAACAAAAUUAUAUGGUACAUACAUAGAUUGACUGAUAGACGACUGGACUUAGAAUUUUAUAUGUAAUUUUUUCUUGUGGUUCAAAAGAUUGUAAUUUCAAUCAGAUUGAACGAAAAUUACUUUAAAUAUAACAUUAAUUAUGGUUAAAUAUCGCAAUAAUGCUACAAAAACAUUAAUUUUAAAAACUAAUACGAAUUAUAUGUCUAAAUGUGAAGUGUAAAAUUAAUUUGACACUUAUUUUGCCGAAGUGAAGACAGCAUAUUUGUUAUUGAAUCAGUAAAACCAAAACAAAUGCAAAAUAAUAAUAAAAAAGAUCUUGAAAAACAAUGAA